AUGAUUUCCUAUCUAUACAAUGAACUUAAAGAACAUUUCCAAACAGCGGGUGGAAGAGAUCCUCGCACAGCAGAUUUGCCAUUAUGUAACAGCUAUGCAGCAGUAAUUGGCAUAAUUGUUGUCUAUGUAUUAUUCGUUAAGAAAAUUGGUCCAGCCUUUAUGGCCAAACGGAAACCCUAUAAUAUACGAUGGCUUAUUUCGUUAUAUAAUCUGGCACAAGUCGUAUUCAAUGCUUAUGUUUUUAUAAGGGUUACCAAACAUUUUGUAUUCCAUAGUAAAUACAGUUGGUAUUGUAUGCCCAGCGAUUACACUGACUUCAGCGAGGAUACGAUGCAAUUGCGAAAAUAUGGAUAUUUUUAUUUUCUUAAUAAAAUAUCAGAUACCAUUGAUACGCUUUUCUUUGUGCUAACCAAAAAAUAUAGCCACAUUUCGCUGUUGCAUGUCUACCAUCAUGCCACCAUGAUAUGGGGUAGCUUUUUAUACAUGAAUGUUUUGUUUGCAUCCAAUAUCUCCGUUAUUGGUUAUGUAAAUGCAUUGGUGCACGCUGUCAUGUAUUUCUAUUACUUCUUAACCUCGCUCAAACUGAAUUUGGACCUAAACAAAUGGAAAUCGCGACUGACAACAUUCCAACUGGUACAAUUCUUCUACUUUGCCAUCAGACUGUUCAUUGUUCUCACACACAACACCUGCGGCCUGCCGAAUUUUUGGCUCUGGGUUAUAUUUGUCGAAAAUAUUUUAAUGAUUUUAUUGUUUUCGAAUUUCUACUAUAGAAAUUACAUUGUCAAGAAACCGAAGUCGACGAAACCGGUAAAAAGUAAAUGA